CUUCAAACUUAUCGUCCUAUUGUGUCUUCUGAAUUUUGCAGUCAUACAAAGCCACAAAAUUUUUUGAAAUCCAUGCUGCCAUUUAACUUUUUUCCUGCCGCUCAAUUGGCACUAUUUUUUUAUUGUUGUUGAUUAGAAGUGGGGAUUCGCCAUGGGAAAACAGACACAUAAACGCAGAAGUAUUAAGCAUCGCGCCAAUCCUAUUGGCUCUCGUGUAGCUGCCGGUGUUCAGCAAGGCGUCAUGGAAGAAGUACCUCAACCGGAACAAGUGUUACCUGUGAUUCAAAAGUUGAGUUCGCCCGAUUCCACCGAGCGUGCUUGGGCAGCAGCUUGUAUUUCCAACUUGAUCAUGGCCGGCGCCGGGACUCGCAAACUGUUAUUGUCCAAAGGCAUUCUUCCCAAGCUCAUUGAGCGCUUGACGGACGAUAACCGGGAUGUAUUGGAAGAAUCUGUUGGUACACUUCGCAAUCUGGUGUCCGUGGAUCCAGUCAUUGCCAAGGAAUACUAUUCACGCGAUAUUUUAACUCCUCUCGGCACUUUGCUUCCGCAGAUCAUUCAAACCAUUGAUAAUAUUCUUAAUAACGCACCAGUGGCAGAUGAAGCUGAGCAGGAUCGACGACGUACAGUAUGGGAUUUGGCCGAGAAUUUCAUUUACAUUAUCUGGAGCAUUGGUGAGGCCUCGGAUAAAUACAUCACAGCCAUCAACCGAAUGAAUAUUGUGAGCUUCCUUAUCUCUUUCUUGACCGUCGCCGAUCAAUGCCCUAGCCGUGUGGUCAUUGCUGCAGGACAAUGCUUAACAACGUUAACGGAUGAUAAUCAAGAGAUUUAUUUGGAAUUCCAGAACCAUCCAGAAUAUGUGCGUAUGCUGUUUGACGUUCUUUCCAAAUUUGAUGGCACGGAAAAGAUUCUUGUUAGAGUAUUGACAUGCGCCAUCUUGAUGAAUAUCCGCGAUGUUGUACAAAUGUCGAGCUCUUGGGAUGAAGAUUUUGAUGCAUUGGGUGAACUUAAUAAGAAGUUGCUGCCUAUUCUUACGACGUCACUGGAUUACGAUAUUCAAACUGCUGCUGAACAGACAAAAGCAGCUAUGAACAGCGGUCAUGUCACGAAACAUGAAGAAACUGGAGAAAUUACACCGAGACCAAAACAACCCUUGUCGGAUGAAGAGAAAUAUAUUCACAGCGUCGAAGAACGUCUUGCUACUUUACAAUUAUCUCUGGAAAUUCUUGCCGAUAUUUGUUUGCAAGAUGAAUCAGGAGAUGACGGAUGGGAAGACGCCGAUAUGGAUAUGGGCGAAGAAGAUGCACCUGAUAAUACGGAUGUGAUCAACGAAGACAACAUUGACGAAUUCUUCCAGGAUACAUCGGCCAUUGACGAAAGCAAUGCGGCUGCCGUAAAUGACAGUUUAAUACGAUCCAAUCCAGUUUUGCAUGCAUUUACCACUGAAAUUUUCCCUCAUUUGAUCCGUCUUGCGACUCCGACUUCUCUGUCAUUCCCUCAUGAAGAAGUGGCUCCUUCGAUUUCCCAAGCGCUGGCGCUCACCCAUCAACGAGCCCUUGAAUGCUUCAACAACUUUUUACUGGGCAUGAACGAAAUUCCGUCCAAGUUUUGGUUCAAAGAACAGAAAUCGGAUGCCAUACAAGGUUGGCGAUGGUUGUUCAACACAGCCAACACGGUGGCAGCUGCGCCGCAAAGCGAGGACCGGGACACCGUUCUGGAAAGCAUCGUGGGUUGCAUGUGGGCCCUUGGUCGGGGUUUAGGUCAAGACAUCCCACUGGAACCAUCCGAUGUGCCAGCCUUGUGUGGUGCUUAUGAAGCUUCUUCGUCGACCAUGAUGAGAGUCAAAAUUGUUGGUUGUCUUGGACCGAUUGCUAUGCGUCGAGGCGAUAUUGAAACAAAUAAGCAUAUUGGCGUGUUCAUUAUGAAUAUUUUAUCUCAGAUUGGGUCGCAUGGAACAUCACCUGAAGUGGCGGUUGAAGCCCUGAACUUCCUGUAUGAUGUUUAUAGUGACUGCGCUUUUGACUACGAUGAUCCUGUUUUCGUUCAAGGCGGAUUUCUAGCUCAGCUGAGACAAAUCCUCCCAUCGGUCCGUUCCAUGGUGAAAAUCACAGAUCGACGAAAAAACUUUGAUCUUCGUUCAAGAGCAGACGAAGCACUCACCAACCUCGUUGCAUUCAUCAAGUACAAAGCCAAUGAAAGAAGAUUAUAAAUUUAUCAUAGAGAACAACAUAAAAAAAAAGAGCAUGCACGUUUACAUAAUCAUUACAAGUUAGGACGAAACGCCUAAUAGGGCAAAAAUCAUACUAGUUUUUCAAUAGCAUCACAAUGGAAUUUUUAUUUUCUGAGCUCAAAGUAAAAAGGACCUCCAC